AAAACGAUAGCCAACAGUUUUAAACAUAUUACUUGCAUGCAACAUUAACAGAAAAUGAGAGGUUUGGUUCUUUCUGUUCUUUUCCUGGCAUUAAUUGCCUAUGCUGUAGCUGCUGAAUUCUUUGUGUUCCCGGAAGAUACUACGAGAUACUAUAGAUGUGGGGAACCGUUGAUUACGUCAUGCCCGGAAGGAUUACAUUUUAAUCCGAUUUCUAAAACUUGUGAUAUUCUAGUUGAAAACUUUCCGUACCCGGAAGAUAGUACAAAAUACUACGAAUGUGGGGAUCCGUCGAUUAUGACAUGCCCCGGGGGAAAAUAUUUUAAUCCGGUUCAUAAAUUUUGUGACUGGAUAGAGUAAAUCGUAUACUUGCUAUUAAAAUAAACACAUGCAACUAUUAAUUAUUUUGUUUAUGUUAGAUUUAUGUUAGUAAUUAAUUAAUAAUUGGCAUUUAUACAAAGAGGUUUUCCUGUGUUCAAAAAAGGUUAUUUUAAUAAAUUUCUAUAACUUCAAAA